AAUUCGUAAAAGAGAAGAAAAGGGUGCCGAAUACCGAGCAUCGCUACGCCCGAUUAUUUCUCAGCUUUCGUCAGCAAAAGGAAACCAAUUCAAGGGUCAGUAGCAGAGUCAGGAACCCACAAAAGAAAUAUAGACGCAAGGAACAAUAUUCGGAGCAUCUCUCAUCGUUUCAUCGAAUAAGUCGAUUUGGAAGAGUAAAAAUGAUGAAACCGCUGUUAGAAGAGUCUGAUCAAGAAGUGGCCCUUGAUUCAACAGUUGGAACAUCAACUAUAGAAUCAUCUGUCGAAAUAAUCAACAAGCUUACACCUAUUCAAAAGUUUUACGAUGAUAAAAGUGUAUUUUUGACUGGCCGAACUGGAUUCAUGGGAAAAUUAUUAAUCGAGAAAUUGUUAAGAGGAUGUCCUGGCAUCAGAUGCAUUUAUAUUUUGAUACGUUCGAAAAAAGGGAAAAAUGUUCUUGAACGCUUGGAUGAACUUAUGGAAGAUUCAUUGUUUUCCAAGUUGAGGAAGGAAGAAACAAAAUUCCGAAAACGAAUAGUCGCAAUCAAGGGGGAUUGUAGCUUACCAAAUCUCGGUAUUUCCAAAAUUGAUAGAGCUACACUCAUACGCGAAGUAUCAAUUGUUUUCAAUGUCGCCGCGACCGUAAGAUUCAAUGAAGCAAUGAAAGCGGCGAUAGCUAUUAACGUCCGAAGUCUAAGGGAUUUGAUAAAGUUGUCCAAAGAAAUGCCGAAUCUGGAGAGUUUCGUUCACGUAUCCACGGCUUAUGCGAACUGCCUUUAUAAUCAGAUCGAGGAAAAGAUUUAUGAUCCACCGAUAGAUGCUGACAAAUUGAUCGAUUUGAUUGACCUUAUGGAAGAAAAAUUACUUAACGAUAUUACACCGCAUUUACUUGGAAGAUGGCCAAAUAGUUAUGUGUAUACGAAAUCACUUGCUGAGAAUGUGGUAAAAAAGCAUGCUGACACGAUACCGAUUGGAAUAUUUCGUCCUGGAAUUGUGAUAUCCACGUAUCGAGAACCUAUUCAAGGAUGGGUAGAUAAUAUGUACGGACCUAUAGGAAUUACAGCAAAUAUUCUAAUGGGAAUAAUGCGAAUUCAUCAUUGCGAUGCAUCGAUGAAAGUGAACUUGGUACCCGGAGAUCUGACGAUUAAUGGAUUAAUUGCUAGUGCCUGGGGCACUGCUAAUAAUCUAAGAUCCAAUGAAGGUAUUCCUAUUUACAAUUACGUAUCUCAGGAUAAUCCAAUCACUUACGAGAGAUUGAAGGAAAUGACGUUAAAGUAUGAACAAUUGAUACCGUCUAAAGAAAAAUUUUGGUACUGUAGUUUUAAGAUGACAAAAUACCGGCUGAUCUAUCUAAUCUAUGUGUACUUUCUACACUUACUACCAAGUUUUAUAAUCGAUGCGAUCGCAUUGUGCGUGGGUAAACAACCGAGGUUACUUGGAAUGUAUAAGAAAAUUCACCAAAUGUCGGACGUUUUUGGUUAUUUUUGUACGAACGAAUGGACGUAUACGAAUGAAAGAUGGAAUGAACUAAUGAAGAAGUUGACACCCGCAGAUCGUGAAUUAUUCCUUUGUGAUAUGAAUGAUAUCAUUUGGGAUAUUUAUUUUGCGACAUAUGUUGUAGGAAUAAGAAAAUACAUCUUAAAGGAUCCCAUUGAAACGCUUCCACAAGCUCGUAUAAAAUGGCGAACGUAUUUUGUUUCUUGCAUUUUUAAUUCAUCAUCUGUUUAUUAUUGACAAUCAUUUACAAAUGAUAUUGAUUUUUCGAUUUUUUAAGGCUUUACUGGGCCCAUCAAGGAUUCAAACUUUCUAUAGCCUGUAUUUUUUUUGUGAUCAUAUGGGGUAUUUUACUGAGCGUUCCAAGACUAUUUCUAACGCUACCAUCUUCAUGAAGUAAGCAAGAUCGUCAAAGAAAAUGUAGGAGGAAUAAUAAUAGUUUACUCUUUCAUCUUAAUAUAAGUCAAUUAUUUCUUUUAUAAUAAUGAAUCUUUGUUAAACGGUUUGGUGAGAGGUAAUGAUACUUUUGGUACGGGUUAAGGAUAUUUUAGUGAAUUUUUAUCUAUAAAAUUUCGAGCAGGUUUGAUCUUUUUUGCGUCAUUUUGAAGGUCUGGUACUCUUCUACUCCUCUUGAUGACGGCCAUCUGCCGCAGGUCGCAAAUUGAUGUAAAAAAAAAGAAAUAGAUAUAAAUUUCAAAUGAAUUCUCAAUCUGUGCGAAUGUUGCUAUUGAAAUGUACGUUGUACAAAAUGCACAAAAUAACAAAUGUACGAGACGUGGAUUUAAAAAAUUCUAUGAUUCUCUGAAAAUUCAAAUAUCGUUUUUUUCAAUAGUUUGCUGACUUUCCAAAUAACUUAAUAAA